UAUGAUAUUUUAAAAAAGUAUACGGUGCAUACAAUUAUGGCAUUUCUUUGCAUAACAAAAGACGUAUUUCUUUAUUACGGCUGCUUUCCUUUUAGGGAACACAAUAAGCAUUGUUCUAUCUUUUUUUUAUGUUUAAUGAGUAACAAAGAACGAUAUACUUGUGUCGAUUGUGUUCCCUAAAAGGAAAGCAGCCUACAUUAUUCGGUCUGUAAUGGUGCUGAAUUGGAAUUUUUCCAUGACUUAAUAUCUAGCUCAUAUAAACAAUCCGUCAACAUUUUUGUCUGUCUUGAAACACAAUUACUAGUCAGAUGUUAAAAAGCAUUUAUAUUAUAAGAUCCCCUUUUCCCGAAAAACUGUAAAUGAUUUAUUGCAAGAAAUAAUUUCUCAGCCAGGAUGGUCAGGCCUGACUGAGGUAUUAUUUUUCGCAGUGUAAAAAGAAUCAUAUUUUAAAAAAUCAUAUUUAUUCAUUAAUCUACAAAAAAUUUAGGUAUCAAUGUUACAAUAUAUUAUAUGGCGCAUUUCGCUGCGUGCGUGCGCACGAUUAAUUAUACGUUUCUGUAAUUCAUAAACUUUAUUGUCUCGCAAAUCUGUAAUAUAUAGCGAUGUAUUUGCUACAACAUAAUUGAAACUUUGUUCGAUCCCUUUUUUUAUAUCUGCUUCAUUUAUAUUUGAUAUCUGAACAUCUUUAGUGCUUCGGUAUUCUCUUUAAUUUCAUUGGAAAGUUUAUCAACCGCCACUCAUAAAGUGCCGGACGGUGGCGGUCCCUCGCAAGGAGAAAGCGUAACAUUCGUAUAACCGCGUGGUGCGCUCCCCCUCGAGUUGACGAGAGCGUGUGGUGCCAGGAUUGCCAGGCGCCAGCGUGCGGCAGCGCGUACGGUGUCGGUGUACGAGCCACGAGCACGCAAGCGGCAAGCAGUAGCGGAGUCGCCGUCGUGCGAGUUCGCCGUUGGGCGAGUCGAGUCGAGUCGAGUCGCGCGCGCGCACGAGAGAGGAGACAUACGGGAACCACACGGACGAACGCUUGGUUCGACUCCGGUUUCGCCGCUGGCGGCUGGGCUGGCUGCUCUCUGAAGGGUUAGUUCGGUUGCCCUCGUCCUCGUCGUCGCCGUAUGCGCGUCCCUCGUCGGCGCGUCGCCGUCGGCCAUUGUCCCUGACAUGGAAGCCUACCAAAAUGGCAGAGAUCGUGCAGAUGUUUUUGUUCCUAUAUAAGUCAAAGUACCGUCGGAAACGCCGUCGCGGCACCGACAGCGACGGCGACGACGAUCACGAUUGCGACCGCGGGCAAGAUCGUGACCGACGGUGGCGGUGUCGAUGUCGGUGCGGCCAUGGAAGCAGCGGCAGCGCGGCCGCGACGGUGCCGUGGGCGCCGUUCCUCCUGUGGGCGGCGCUCGUCUGCUGGGUGGUCCACGUAAGCGCCGCCGCGUCCGCUUCCUCCUCGUCGUCGUCGUCGACGUUGGACGCGGGCUGCGACCCCGAGACCUGCAUCAACGGCGACUGUGUCAACGGCACCUGCGUGUGCCGCGAGGGCUGGCAGGGCGCGCACUGUCAAUUCUGCGGCGGAAAAGUCAGAUUAUCGGACAGUAUUGGGAGUAUUCACGACGGCUUUGGAAACUACACGGCGGACGUGAGGUGUUCCUGGCUGAUCGAGAGCGACCCGAACACGAAGAUACGGAUGCACGUGGAGCAAUUCGCGACGGAAUGCGGCUGGGACCAUCUGUACAUCUACGACGGUGAUAGUGUCGAGGCGCCGCUUCUGGCCGUCUUCUCUGGUCUGAUGCACAAGGAUAGCUAUCACAUACGCCGCGUGCCGGAAUUAAUAGCGCGAUCCGGCAGCGCGUUGUUGUACUUUUAUUCCGAUAUCGCGUACAAUAUGAGCGGCUUCAACAUUACGUAUAAGCUCAACGCUUGCCCGAGCAGAUACUCCCAUAUCGAUUGUUCCGGCCACGGUGUGUGUAUCGAAGGCACGUGUACCUGUGACGCCAUGUGGACCGGUGAAGCCUGCGACGUGCAAGUAUGUCCGAACAAUUGCUCGUCGCACGAUGGGCAUGGCGAGUGUGAUCGUGAGAGUCAUCACUGCCGCUGUUUUCGCGGCUUCAAAGGUGCGGACUGUAGCCAAAGAAGCGAGGAUGGAUUUUGGGAGAGCGUCACGUACAAGGAUCUACCACCGGAAGGCUCGGCUAGUCACUGUUCCAUCGUUUGGAAGGACUCGCUGUAUGUGGUCGGCGGCGAGAGUUUCCAUAAUGCCAAGAUGAUAUACGUGUACGAUUAUAACGGCAAUGUUUGGGAGACACCUCAUGUUGAGGGCCGAGUGCCGUUACCGCGGUACGCGCAUUCGUGUGUGCUAUUCGGCGACAAGAUAUUCAUGUAUGGUGGCGUGAUGCAGAACUCUACCGUGACCAAUGAAGUCUGGGCAUUCGACGUGUCCGCCAAGGUCUGGGAGAAUGUUACUGUUCACGAUAAUUGCCACAAUAAGACGAUAUGUGGUCCACUAAAGGUAGCCGGGCACACCGCGACCCGGGUACAGAGUCACGGCAAAAAGGAGAAGAUGGUUGUGAUAUUUGGCUAUUCGCCACAGUAUGGUUACUUAAACACCGUCCAGGAGUACUCUUUGGGUACGCGUGAGUGGCAGAUCGUCAAAACGUUUGGCUUCCCGGUAAAUGGUGGCUACGGACAUAGUUCAGCCUAUGAUUCCCUAACAAAUCUUAUUUACGUAUACGGUGGUUACGUGUCGGAGUCACAAAACUCACAUGUUUUGUCCAGUCGGCUAUAUUCGUAUCAUCCUAAUUAUUACGAAUGGCGGAUGCUUACGUCGGCACCGUCGGCGCGUUUUUUUCACACAGCCACUUUUGUUACGGGCGGACUGAUGUUGGUGUUUGGCGGUAAUAUGCACAACGACACGCACUUAUCGCACGGUGCGCGAUGUUACUCAGCCGACAUGCUUGGCUACGAUGUCACGUGCGAUACGUGGCAUCAAUAUACUAUGCCCAAAGACACGAGUGAUCUACCGCGAUAUGGUCACAGUGCGACCAUCUUUGAGAAGUCGAUGUAUAUCUAUGGUGGCUUCGAUGGUGAAAUGCUCUCUGACAUGUUAAGGUAUACUCCCGGUAAUUGUGACGAUUUAACGACUCAGAAUCAGUGCCUGAAUGCCAAGAGAGGCGUGAAAUGCGUGUGGCAUAAUCAAAACAGUAAAUGCCUACCAAUCUCAAAGAUACCGCAGCUCUUGCUCAACCAUAAAGAUUACGACGAUCACGAUAGCAUUUACACGAAAUGUCUAGACAGCGAAUCGCCUCGUGGCAUGACGUCGCAUGAAGAACUUUGUAAACUUUUCACCGACUGCGUCACAUGUGUACAGACCUCAUACAAUUGCGUAUGGUGUGGCAAAAGUUGCUUACAUAAAAAAUGCCGAGAUAUUCCAAAUAUGCCGAAUUUACCUAUCAAGGAAUUGGAUCAGUGUGAUACAAACACCGGCAUCGAAUGUCUACAAUUACACACAUGCCACGCUUGCUCCAGCAAUCCGCGUUGCAUUUGGUCGUGGUCUAACGGACCUGACCGUUGCAAACCACAGUCGAAAAUUCGAGAGGUGAGUGUGUUAAAUGGCACGCUUCAGGCGCAGCAUUUGACAAUGGAUACGUGCCGCAGUCCAUGUGUGGAGUACACGUCGUGCCGCAAUUGCACGGAAUCCGAUUGUAUCUGGUGUCAAAAUCAAGCUAGAUGCAUAGAGAAGAACGCAUACCCAGUCAGUUUUCCAUACGGACAGUGUCGCGAAUGGACGACAGCAGAUACUCGGUGCCGUGCCACAGAGACUGGUAGGGAUUGGUGUAGCUUCUAUUUGUCAUGCGCUGCUUGCAGUGCGGAUCCCAGUUGCGGCUGGUGUGAUGACGGAUCGGGUACCGGAAAAGGUUUAUGCAUGCUUGGUGGAGGUCGUGGCGCCAGCAGCAAAAGUUCGAACAUGUGUUCGCUUGAUCAUUGGCACUUCACAAAAUGUCCAAUUUGUCAAUGUAAUGGUCACAGUAAGUGUCUUCCAAACAGUAGCGUAUGCAUUCAACCAUGCGGAAACUUGACUUAUGGACCACACUGCGAUAAGUGUCUCCCCGGUUAUUACGGUAAUCCACUCAACGGAGCUACGUGUCAGCCUUGCUCCUGUAACAAUCAAGGCACUCAAUGUACGAGCGAGACUGGCAAAUGUUUCUGCACGACUAAAGGCAUUAUUGGUGAUCACUGCGAACGUUGUGACGUAUCUGGUCUUUAUCAUGGAGAUCCUACGAAUAAAGGAUCUUGUUUUUACGACUUGGCUAUUGACUAUCAGUUUACAUUUAAUCUGAGCAAGAAGGAGGAUCGCCAUUAUCGGGCAAUCAAUUUCAAGAAUUCGCCACCGAAAGCCGAAAUUGACGCCGAGUUUUCCAUCACGUGUUCUGUACUGGCGAAGAUGAAUGUAACCAUCAAGAAAGUAAAUAGUCCAGAAAAACCGCUACUGCUCGGCGCAAAUUGCACAACAACCAUGUACAAGCAUCGUUUCAGCAAAGCGGACUACAACUUCGGCAACGAAGAUAACAAUACUCUCACUACGUUCUACGUGUAUGUCUAUGACUUUCAACCGCCACUGUGGAUCCAGAUUUCGUUUUCUCAGUACUCCAAACUGAAUCUACAGCAAUUUUUCAUUACAUUCUGCACAGAUUACAUGACACCGCACAGGUGCUUCCUCGCUCUAUUGCUAGUGGCUGCCAUUCUUUGGAAGAUCAAGCAAAAAUACGAUAUGUAUCGACGAAGACAAAGGCUCUUCCUGGAAAUGGAACAAAUGGCCAGCAGAGCAUUCAGUCAAGUUCUGGUGGAAAUUGAGAGACGCGAUGUUGAUAAUUUGGAUCAAGAACGCAGCGAUGCCGAUUUUACUAAUUGUCGUAAAAAGAAGAAGGAUGCUCCUAGUCCGAUUGCAUUGGAGCCUUGUUGUGGCAACAGAGCGGCGGUUCUGUCUCUGCUAGUCAGAUUGCCGACUGGCGGCGAGCCUUAUACGCCAGCCGGACAGAGCGCUGGUCUAGCCGUGGCGUCUGCUUUGGUGACGCUAGGCAGUCCGCGUCGACCAUCUCAGGAAUUAACGACGAAAGAGCCGAAAAAGACAAGAAAAUCCGCCAGCCAGCAUCCGGACUCUACUUGCAUUUAGCGGUAAAUUGACGAGAUAUCGCGCGAUAGGACGUGACUAUAUUAUAAGCCUUAGAGUUGUUUCUGUGAUCUUGCCCGCGCUUGAAACGGCAGAACAGUCAUCUUCGAACUUUAAACAGAGUGAAGAAGUGCGAACAAUAAUAAUCGCGCCGAGAUUGAAAUGAUGGGAAAACUAUAUGCGAAAAUUUUAUUCGUUGACGUGCGACUGAUCGGUGAAUUCGAACAAUUCAAUUAUUUUGACCGACAAGUUGGAUAAGCGUGUAACAUUAUAUAUAUAUGUACGCGACUUUCCUUAUCGAGUAGAAGGAAACGCCUUUUUGGCCGAGGAACGAAUGGACGGCUCCGACCGGUCACGUCCGCUAAUCAUGGUGAGUAACGUUUUCUUUUUAGACUUGAGAUAUUUUCAUGCGCCGAAAGGGACGUCCAUUUAUCACUCGGCUAAUAUUCGGAACACAAUCGAGUCCCUUUUAAGAAUCUCGAUUAACGAUGUACAGUGUUGUAUAGAUGAUUAGACGAUCGUUUUUGUCGAAGGAAUUGCGAUACGAUAUGUUGGUCACAUGGAUAAACUGGUCUCGUAUAUAUUCGAAAAGCUUUUAUCUGCUGCAUCUGUUUUAUUCAUAAUUAAAAAGAAA